AUGGUUUAUAAAAAAGAAAAAAAAGUAAAAAUUUAUAAAACAAAGAAAAAAAAUACAUUAGAAAGUAAAGUAAUUAAAGAUCUUCAAGCUAUGUAUGAUAAAAUUGAUGAAAUAAAACUGCAAAAAUUUGUUGAUUUACCAUUAUCAAUCAAAACAAGCAAAGGAUUAAGAGAAAGUGAAUAUAUUACUCUUACUGAUAUUCAAAAACAAAGUAUAGGUUUAGCAUUAAAAGGAAAUGAUAUUUUAGGUGCUGCUAAGACUGGUAGUGGAAAAACUUUAGCAUUUCUUAUACCAGUUUUAGAAAUUUUAUAUUGCCAUCAAUGGACACAACUUGAUGGAAUUGGUGCAUUAAUUAUAACUCCAACUAGAGAGCUUGCUUAUCAAAUAUAUGAAAUGCUUAGAAAGGUAGGAAGAUAUCAUAAUAUGUCUGCUGGGUUGAUUAUUGGAGGUAAAGAUUUAUAUUUUGAAAAGAAAAGAAUGGAUCAGUGUAAUAUUAUAAUAUGUACUCCUGGUCGUUUAUUACAACAUAUGGAUGAAAAUCCAUUAUUUGACUGUAUAAAUAUGAAAAUUUUAGUUUUGGAUGAAGCUGAUCGAUGUUUAGAUAUGGGAUUUGAAAAAACAAUGAAUUCUAUCAUUGAAAAUUUACCACCAGUUCGUCAAACAUUGUUAUUUUCUGCUACUCAAACAAAAUCGAUACAAGAUUUAGCCAGGCUUAGUUUAAAAAAUCCAAUUUAUGUAUCUGUUCAUGAACAUGCAAUACAUACAACACCAGAGGGUCUUCAGCAAAAUUAUAUCGUGUGUAAAUUAGAAGAUAAAAUAUCAGUGUUGUGGUCUUUUAUUCGUAAUCAUCUUAAUAAAAAAAUUAUAAUUUUUUUUUCAAGUUGCAAACAGGUUAAAUAUAUCUUUGAAGUAUUUUGUCGUAUGAGACCUGGCAUCAGCCUUUUAUCACUAUAUGGAACAUUGCAUCAACUCAAAAGAAUGAAUAUUUAUGAAUCCUUUUGUAAAAAAAACUAUGCAGUUUUAUUUGCCACUGAUAUUGCUGCAAGAGGCUUAGAUUUUCCAGCUGUUAAUUGGGUUGUACAAAUGGAUUGUCCAGAAAAUAUAAAUAAUUAUAUUCAUAGAGUAGGACGAACUGCUAGAUUUCGAAGUGGAGGGGAAUCUUUAUUAGUUCUUUUACCUAGUGAAGAGAGCAUAGUACAUAAUCUAAAAGAACAAAAAAUUCCUAUUAAUAAAAUAAAAAUUAAUUUAAAACGAUUAUACUCUCCACAUAGAAAAUUGGAAGCUUUACUUGUUCAAGAUAUAGCACUUAAAGAAAGUGCCCAACGAGCUUUUGUUGCUUAUGUGAAGUCAGUCUUCUUGAUGAAAGACAAAAAUAUAUUCAAUGUUCAAGCAUUAAAUACAGAUGCAUUUGCUAGAUCGCUAGGCUUAGCCAUUCCUCCAAGAAUUCAAAAUGAAGAAAUCCCAAUUGUAGAAGAAAAUAUAAAUAAAAACAUUAAAAAUCAUUUUUCAAAUAAUUUAAAUACCAAUAACAAUGUUGAUGAUAUUUUAACUAUAAAAAGAAGAGAUAUCGAUAUCGAUGUUUCAUUAGAAAAGACUAAAAAUGAUAAUGAAGUAUUUGAGUUAAAAUAUAAAAAAACAAUUACAAAAGCUGCUUUAGCAAAGAAAAUUCUUAAAAAAAAAAUUGUACCAAAUAAGAAAAUUAAUUUUGAUGAGGAAGGACAGGAAGUAAUUGAUCAAAUAAAAUCAAAAGUUUCAAACUUAGCUAAGCAAUAUGAGAAUGAAGAAUUUUCUGGUAUAAACAUAGAAAUUGCCAAACAAGUUUUGAAAGAUGAAGAUCAUUUUGAUAAACAACUAUUUAGUAAAAAAAUUAAAAACAAGCAUAAAGAAGAAAAACAAAAAUUGAAAGCACAUAAGGUGAAGAAAGAAUCUGACUUCAAUGAAAUCAUAGAAAGUGAUCAUUCGUAUGAAUCUGAUUUAUCAUGGUUGCCAGAUCCAGAUAAAAUUUAUGGAAAACUUAAAAAAUUUGAUAAAGAUAAUAUGAUUUGUUUUGAUGAAAAGGUUAAUAAUUUAAAGAACAGUGAAGAUAAAAUUAAUCGACCAACAAAAAACAAAUUAAUAAUACAAGAUGUGCAUAAAAUGAAAAAAAGGAAACAUUCACUUUCAAGUUCAAAUAAUAGCUAUUUAAAAGCAGAUGAAGAAUUUUCUUUACAAUUAUUACAAAGAUAA